CCCUUCCUAACUUAAUAUCUCUUGAGGCAUGUUUGAGCUGAGGCCUCUGUUAGCUCCUUCAAGCCACAGAGACACAGUGAGAGCCCUCAUGACAACUGCAAAUAUGGAGUGAACUGAGAAAACUGCAUUGACAUCAACAACAAGCACGUGAAGAAAGAGCUGUUCGCUAUGGAGUCAAAGGGAUCAGUGUCAUCGCCCCAUGACAGGCCGAUGCCUCGAUGGAGUCUGGGAUCCAACUCUGGUUUACAUUAUGGCUCUUUUGUAAACAGCCUUUCAUCACUUACCCCCCAGGCAGUGGAGAAACCAGCUAUAUCACCUAGACGUGCCUAUAUAGCUGUAGCUGUGCUUUGCUACGUGAACUUGAUUAACUACAUGGAACGGUACACAAUAGCAGGCGUCCUCCUCAACAUUCAACAAUUCUUUCAAAUAAGUGACAGUACAGCUGCACUGCUACAAACAGUCUUCAUCUGCAGUUUCUUACUUUUGGCUCCUCUCUUUGGUUAUCUUGGUGACCGCUACAACCGGAAAUACAUCAUGAUUGGUGGUUUGAGUGUGUGGAUUGUGACUGCAGCCUGCAGCUCUUUUGUCACUGAGUCGCUCUUCUGGCUUCUGAUACUGCUGCGAGCCAUGGUCGGGAUAGGAGAGGCAAGCUACUCCACCAUUUCUCCCACCAUCAUCGGUGACCUCUUUACUGGCACUCAACGGAGCACCAUGAUCUGUGUCUUCUACAUCUUUAUCCCUGUUGGAAGUGGUCUUGGCUACAUAGUAGGGGCAGGGAUUGCUACUCUCACAGGGGACUGGCGCUGGGCUCUCAGGAUCACUCCAAUCUUGGGUUUAGUGGGACUUGUCUUGCUGGUCUUCUUGUGCCCUAACCCAGCCAGGGGGGCCGCCGAGACCCACGGAGAGGGAGUGACAGAGCAGAGCUCAUACCUAGAGGAUAUCAAGUAUCUUCUGAAAAAUAAAAGUUAUCUGUGGUCCUCACUGGGAGUGACGGCUACAACCUUUAAUGUUGGAGCCCUGGCUUUCUGGACGCCUACCUUCCUGUCCAGAGCUCAGGUCUUUCUGGGACUCCGACCAGUGUGUACUCAAGAACCCUGCAACCCCACAGACAGUUAUACCUUUGGAGCUUUGACGGUGGUGACGGGCAUUCUGGGAGCAGGUCUUGGCACUGGUUUAUCUAGAUGGUUUAGGAACAAGGUGACCUAUGCUGACCCACUCAUCUGUGCAAUAGGCCUGCUGGCAUCUGUCCCCUGCCUCUUUGCCACUAUCUUUGUGGCAUCAGAAAGCAUUCCGGCCACAUACGUAUUCAUUUUCUUUACUGAAGUACUGAUAUCACUGAACUGGGCUGUCAUGGCUGAUAUACUGCUGUAUGUUGUUAUACCAACCAGAAGGGCUACAGCUGAGGCUCUACAGAUUACAGUCUUACAUCUCCUGGGUGAUGCUGGAAGUCCUUACCUCGUUGGAGUGAUUUCUGAUGCUAUACACAAAUCUAAAGCUGAGAAUCUGGAGUGGAAAUUCCACAGCCUGCAGUACAGCCUAGUGAUCUGCGCGGCUGCUGGCAUCCUGGGUGGAGUCUUCUUCCUCUUGACCGCUCGCUACAUCACUGAAGACAGGAAUGCAGUUCAGCGAUUGGUUGAAGCCUCAAGCUUGCAAUUUUCCAGAAGUUAUGCGAUUACUCAUUAUGCUGUGGGAAUAGAUUGGGCAGCAGGACAUGCAUGUGGAAUAACAAGAAAGCACACACGCAUGCUAAAAGGAAACUGUCACAAUGGCUAAUAAAUUGUCCAGGCCGAUCAAUGAGGGAGCCAGGAGCCGAGGGGAAGAGCGGAUACAGUGAGUGUUUACUCAGGGAUGGGGAGUAUUUUAGUCAUGAAAAGAGCUGUGUUUUAGUCACAGGCACACGUAAAAACAUGUCAAUAUAUAUAAUAAGGAAGUAGUCAGCAUUCAAUCAGAAUGCUGUCAUGAAAUCAAUAAUAACCACAAAUUGGCUCAUGCGUGUCACACAAACAUUACUGGAAGAGCAGAGACAGCUUAUCUACUCCAUAUGUGGGUUUUUCUCACCCUUCCGUACAUCAGCCACUGGACACUGAUAAGAGACCUCAAACCACAUUUGUGCAUGGGAAGCUGCACUCUGACCUUAUCAAGAGAAAACUGCUGCAGUGACGUGACAUCAUACAGAGGAAGAGCGCUCUCCGCCCUCUGCACCGACACUUACUUGGAACAUUACAUCAUGUGGGCCUCCCUGUCCUUACACUUCAGCUAGUGAGGAGAGAUGUGCAUGUCACCUUACUGUAAAGUGCUAGCAGAAAAAGAGGAGCGGUGUUGGGGAAAUACAAGAGACAAUACACACUGACACUAACACAUUUGUGUAUUUUAUGUGUGAUACAAGAACAAAUGAAAUGUGUUGAUUGGGCUUUUGGAGGUGAUAAUUCACACACACACACAUAUAUAUACACAUGCAGCAUUUUUUUAAACAGUCGGCAUAAAUUAUCACAGGAGUUUGGUGCUUGCAAAUGCAAAUAAGGCAGCUGCACCCAAAGAAUGAAACAUUUCUGGAAGAAAAACAGCAUUGUGGAAGAAAGUGUUAUUUUCAGCUUGAUUUGACAAAUGUGUGUGAUAUUUUUAGACAAUGUCAGCCAUGUAAAUGAUUAUUCCUGUUUGUGCGUGACUACGUUUUUGAUACGGGGCUGAUCAAUCGGGCCAUUUCUCACUGUCAUGCAAAUUACUUUGUCUGGACCAGGGAGUACAAAUGUGGGCUAAAUUCAAAUGCUGCCAAAUUUGAGGUUCACCCUGUAAUGGUAUAUGCACAUUCUGGUCCUGUGUAUUUAGCAUUCCUGUUUUCAGAAGCUCGCUGGCCACUGUGCUGGAGAGAGCUGAUUCACAGACACAGCCAUGGCAAUGGGGUAAUUACAAAGACCCAUGCAGUCUAUAAAUAUGAGCUACGGUACCACACAGAUCUGGUCUCACUGCAAGUGAACCUCAGCCACAUAGCAGCUCAAAUUUCUCCAAUUAGAGUUUUCCAGUAACAUAAAAAAUGCAGUUUUAUGAAAUGUAUUCAAACAAGGGGGAUCCACAUGAUGAUAUGGAGACAGACAGUGGAGUCAGGGCUGGUUUUACCUUCCAGACAGAUCAGCUGAGACUGAUGAUCCGAGACCAAGGAGUCCAGCUCGGAAUAAAUAAUUAAAUAAGCAGAUAAAAUACGCUGUCUCUGCCCCUGAACACUAUAUUUAGUCACUGCUGUACAGUGUAACCUCCCAGAUCCCACUUCCAAGGAGCGGGGACAUCACCCCA